AGUCCCGCUAACAAAUACAUUCACGCGUGCCUGUCUCGUCAAAACCCGUAGGCUUGGCGAAACCUGUGGGCUAGCCAGAAAAUAGAACACGGAAUUUCAGUACUUUAAAUACCAUAAAAUUUUUUUUAAUCAGACAUAAUUUCGACGCAAAAGGAAAGCUGAAAUGGUGACGAUAGUAGUAGCUACAACGAGCGAUCCGGCCUCAAUCAAUCCAGCCUACGCCCUCUUGGCCAUGCCCGGUUGGCUCCCCGUGCCUGCUCCCUCUUUAUUGCAACAGGGAAUCAAAAGUUUUGCUAAUAAAAAUGUGCGAUUUCUUCAACACGACAAAGGCAUUGUCGAAGAGGACGAUUUGGAUCGCCGUUGGGAGGAAGCUACCGGCGAGGCUGUCGAUGAGGUUAUUUUCUUCAGCAAACACACCGCUGUUUCCAACCGCCCUGCUCUCACCGUUCACCCAAUUGGGGUGCCUCAUUUGCGCGAAGGAGAUGUUCCGCCACAGGGUGGAAGGCCUGGCUGGGCUGCGCCACCUGACCCUAGGAUAGGGCCCUGGCUUAGGCUUUUGAAGAAACUUGCCCAGUCUCAUAAUUUGGUUCCUGAAUUUGAGAUAACUUUGGAGGGUACACAUCAUGGACCUAUAACAACCAAACCAACUCUGUUCCUUGAGAUUGGCAGCACAGAUGAGUACUGGAAGAGGCAAGAUGCUGCCAAAGUCAUUGCUCUAUUAGUUUGGGAAGGACUUGGGCUCGGAGGUGGUGCUGCAGUCGGAAACUGGGGCAGGGAGAAUGAAAGAAACAAAGUGCUUUUCGGAAUUGGUGGUGGACACUACGCACCUCGGCAUAUGGAUAUAGUCAUGAAAGAAGGUGUUUGGGUGGGCCACCUGCUUUCAGGAUAUUCUUUGCCAAUGGAAGAUCCAAGUCAGUCAAAAGAGAACGGAAAUACUGAUGGUAUUGGUGGGACAUGGAGACAAUCGAUUAAAGUUGCAUUUGAGGCUACAAAAUCAGCUUUCCCUGGUGGGGAAGUUUUGGCACAUCUUGACCACAAGAGUUUCAAGGGCUGGCAGAAAAAUGCAAUAACUGCAUAUUUAGGUGAGCUGAGCAUUAAAAUCGGAAAACCGAAUGAUUUCAUUUGAUUGAUGUCGGUUUUUGGAUCGACCACUUUUCCGUAGCAAAAGCGUCAAUGCAGAAGAUUGAUUUAAAAUCUAUACCAUAGUUAAUCAGCUGCUUCUAGACAAAUUUCGGUUGUUAAAUUGAAGAGCAGUAUAGGCAGAGAUGGUUGACAAAAAAGGCGGCGUCUAUACAUAAUUGCUUCAUGCUUUGUAUGGGUUUAUCCAGGCUUGUUUUACUUCGAUCCAUUUGUAGUAAGCUAGAUGAUAGAUGAAUGAAAUUAUACGAGUAAUUAAAGAA